GGAGACGGAAGGAGGAGCUGCCCACGCUAUAAGACGAGCUGUCGCUCCCGAAACUGCCUUACCGUUGCAGUGUGUGAAGUGUACUCGUGCAUGAACGGGAUGUGCGGUCCAAGUUGAGUCCCGGAGCGCACUGACAUAGGCUACUUCCUCCGCUCUGAACCGAAUUUAGCCUCUUGUUUUCGGGGCGCUCUUCUGAACUGCCGCUUGUGCCGUGGAUCACAUGGGGAAGCUGGAGUAUUCGCUGCCCGCGGGUUGGAGUUGUAGGUGUUGGUGGCGAAGGACGCUGGUGGUGUGGAUCGCAGCGGUACUUUGGGUGAGCUCUACUGCCGACGGGACUUGGAAGGACAAGGAGCAGAGCUCGGCGGGAGUGCAAAGAUCCGUAUAUCACAAGAGGAACUGGUGUCCCCACAUGGUGACAAAGACAGUGACGUGUAAGGUGCACAAUGGGACUGUGCUGCAGAGGGUGUACCAGAGCUGUCGCUGGCCCCAGGGGUGCUCCGGAGGCAGUUACCGGACAGUGGUGCGGCCAUCCUAUAAGCUUGUGUACCGCUCGGUAACAUCUCUGGAGUGGAAGUGCUGUCCAGGCUACAGCGGCGCCGCCUGCACUGACCAGGACCGAGGAGAUCUACGUGCAGCACAGGAGGCUGUGAGGAAAGCACCCAACUUGAGGAAGCCUUCUACCCGGACUCCUGAACUUGCCUAUACCUGUGCCAACUGCAGCGGGCUCUCUGCUCUGGGGGACAGACUCUCCUCACUCGAGACUAAGAUCCAGCUGCUGACGUCCCCUGGGUCUAUGUCCCAUCACUCACUGCAGGCUAAAGGAGGUGUGUCACUGACGGGGGCAGCGCCGGCACAGGGAGCUCCUGGAGAGCAAGGCCCUUCUGGUCCUCAGGGGGAGAAGGGCAGAGAUGGACUUCCUGGCAUAGAUGGGAAGCCUGGCUCUCAGGGGCCAGCCGGUCCCAUGGGGCCUCGAGGUGAUGCAGGGACAAGGGGCCCAUCUGGGAGCCCAGGGUCACAGGGCCCUGCUGGACCGGCAGGUAAUACCUGA